AUGUAUGAAAACAGUAAUACUAGCUGUUACUCAGUAAAUAACAUUGGCUAUAUGGGGGUUGUCAGAAGGUGGCAGCAAGUUUUUCAAAACAAAAAUAGAGUUGCAAUCUUGGCAGAACUGGACAAAGAGAAAAGAAAAUUACUCAUGCAAAACCAAUCUUCAACAACUCAUCCUGGAGCUAGCAUUGCCCUCUCCAGACCCUCUCUCAACAAGGACUUCCGGGACCGCGCUGAGCAGCAGCACACUGCAGCCCAACGGAAGGCGGCUUUGCAGCAUGCGCAUGCCCGUUCAUCUGGAUACUUCAUAACGCAAGACUCUGCAUUCGGGAAUCUUAUUCUUCCUGUGCUACCACUCCUUGACCCAGAAUGA